UUAGAAACUUUAUUUAUCAGUAGAAUCUCAUAUAACCAAAAGUUGUAAACUAAAUAUAUAACUUAUAUCCAAAUCCUACAUAAACACCACUAUCACUGUUUGGAAAACAUAGUAAUAAAACUCUAAAACAAUGUACUCUUCAUUCUCUGUAUUGAAACGCCUCAUUUUAGUCCCUAUCUUGGUCAUGGUGGCACAAGUGCUCCUUAUGCGCAGCGUUUCGUCCUUGAACAUGAACAAUGCGUACGUGGACCACAAAUGCUCUGCCAAUCAAGGGGAAUACAAGCCAGGAAGCCACUACAAGAAAGUCCUCGAUUCUGGCAUCCAAGAAUUGUCGAAAGAUAAGGAAGCUUUUCGUGGUGGUUUCGUCUAUAUGGACCACACCGAUAUUAAAGAAGUUCGUUUGGAGCCUGAAAGGGUCUACAUCACCUUUCAGUGCCGUGGAGACAUUUACGGGCCCCAGUGCCGCUCUUGCUUUGCCACUGCCCGGCCUGAGCUUUUUAAGAGAUGUCCGAGAGAUAAGGGGGCGAUAAUAUGGUACGAUCAUUGUCUUCUCGAGUUUUCUUCGAUCAGUACCUCAGGGAAGAUCAAUUAUGAUGACAAUUUCUGUAUUGAUACCGCAAGGGCAAGGCCGAAUGCGAAAACUCAUACCCGUGAUGAAGUUUUAGAGUUUUUGACUCUCAUCGAUAAUCUGACAAAUAUAGCCGUCACUAAAAGAAAUAAUUUCGUAAAAGAUGUGGACAAACCGGCACUAUAUGCGGCAGGAGAGAAGAGGUUCGGAAAUAAGAAGAUCUAUGUAAUGGUUCAGUGUACGAAGGACUUAACUCCUAAGGCUUGUGUGGAGUGUGUGAGUCACAAUGUCAUAAAAUUUCAAAAUUGCUAUGAAAAUAAACCAGUAGGUUUGAAAAUAGGUGGAAGAGUUUUCGGUAGGAGCUGUAACUUUAGGUUUGAGCGUUACCCUUUUGUUAACGCCAAGACCAGUCCUAACUAUUUGAAGUUCUAAAGCAAGUUAAAAAAAAAUUGUUGCUUUAGA